CUUCGUCUUCGUCUCAUUCGUGAUUCGUUAUUUAUUAUUUAUUUUUUAUUAUGAUUGGGAUUGUAAUACUCUCAUAGCCAGAAGGUGUCACUCCACCGGCGCGAAGGAACACGUUAUUCUCCAACACCUACCUCUCUCUCUUUCUUUCUAGGGUUAGAGUUAGGGUUUCGUUUCGUUAGGCAAGCUGGAUAUGCACAGAGGAGAACGCUACGGCAACAACAAUAACAAUGACUCUCACAACAACUAUCGUCACUCGAGGGGACACUCUCACUCUCGCUUCUCCGAUUCUCCCGUGAGCAACUACGACUCUCGUCGAAGCCCCGGUAGCUUCCGCUCCGGCGGUGCACCUCACCACCGCGCCUUUGAUAGCCCCCCGCGUUGGUCUCCCGGUAGGGUGGGAGGGUUCCGGUCAAUCGGCGGCGGCGACGGGUUCAGGCCAAUGGGUGGUGAGGGUCCCGGAGAAUUCGGAUUCAACAGUCACCAGGCACCGCCGCUGUCUGGUCAGAAACGAGGGUUUCCUUUCCCUGGUCGUGGAGGCUCGCCGGAUCAUUUUGAUGGUGGAAAUUUUGCCAAACUUUUUGUUGGAUCUGUUCCCCGGACAGCCACUGAAGAAGAUAUUCGCCCUUUAUUUGAGGAACAUGGGAAUGUUAUUGAGGUUGCCCUGAUCAAAGAUAGAAAGACAGGACAGCAUCAAGGUUGUUGUUUCAUAAAAUAUGCUACCUCAGGAGAAGCUGAUCAGGCAAUUAGAGCAUUGCACAAUCAACAUACUCUUCCUGGAGGUGUUGGUCCAAUCCAAGUGCGGUAUGCUGAUGGUGAACGGGAACGCCUGGGUGCAGUUGAGUACAAAUUAUUUGUGGGCUCUCUGAACAAACAGGCUACAGUAAAGGAAGUUGAGGAAAUUUUCUCAGAAUACGGGCGGGUCGAAGAUGUGUAUCUUAUGCGUGAUGAGAAGAAGCAAAGCCGUGGAUGUGGUUUUGUUAAAUACUCGCAUAGAGAUAUGGCACUGGCGGCUAUUAAUGCACUUAAUGGAAUCUAUACAAUGAGAGGUUGUGAACAACCACUAAUUGUCCGGUUUGCUGAUCCCAAGAGACCUCGUCAAGGAGAAUCCAGGGGUCCUGCAUUUGGAGGUCCAGGAUUUGGUCCUAGAUUUGAUGCACCUGGGACAAAACUUCCAUCCCAUUUUAGCGAUCCUAUGGGUGACCGUAUGCUUCCCCCAAAUGCUUGGCGUCCAAUGCAUCCACCAAAUAUGGGGCCAUCCUCUAAUGCUGGUCUUCAUGGCAUGGGGCCCCCGUUGCUUCCAAGAUCUGGUGACAUGGCAUUGUCUAUAAAUGCGGGUGGUCCUAUGUCUGGCAUGGGAGGCCCCAUAGAUGGUCGUUAUCAAGUUCAGUCUCUGUCAUCAAUGUCACAACAGAAUUUCAACCAGCCUAUACCUCAAAUUCCACCUGUCAAUCAACAGAUAUCACCAUCACAGAAACCUAUUCAAUCAUCUCAGGAGUUGCCAACUACCCACCGCUUGUACCCACAAGCUCCGAUGCCCUACCCACAAAUGUCAACCCUUUCAUCUCUUAGGCAGCAUGGCCAGCCGCAACUUUCUCUAUCUGCUGGUCCUCUUCCAUCACAGCAGGUACACGGCGUAAGUGGACAAUAUUCAACAUCUCAGCCUCAAACUCAGCAGAGUGCUUUCUCUGCUGCAAUUCCUCAGAACCGUCUUGAUACCAGUAUGCAAUCUAAUACAGCAUUGGCUACUCCAAAUCAACAGCAAGUUCCUCCCUCUGUGCAGCAGCAGCCACUUCAACCUCUUCAGCAAUCCCCUUCUCAGUUAGCUCAGAUGUUGUCACAACAAACACAGACUUUACAAGCAAGCUUUAAUUCAUCUCAGCAAGCCUUUUCCCAGCUUCAACAACAAUUACAGAUGAUGCAACCAUCCAGUCAAGCAUUAACAUUGCAGCAAAAUGCAGAAGCUACUAAAAAGCAGUCACAAUGGGCUGGUACUGUAGCACAGGCGGUGGCCAGCACUCAUGUGGCAGCCCCUGCUGCAGUUGUCCCUUCAUCCACAUCUGUUACUUCUGCCUUAACAGCAAUAAGCCAGAACGUAGCUGUUGCAAAAUGUAAUUGGACAGAGCAUAUAUCUCCCGAGGGCUUCAAGUACUACUACAAUAGUGUCACUGGAGAAAGUCGGUGGGAGAAACCUGAGGAGUUGACAUCAUCUGAACAGCAAAGACCAUCUGUUCAGCAGUCUCAAACUCAGUCACAACCUUCAACACUAUCCACCCAGCAAGUUCCACAGUUCCAACAGGUUCAGCCUCAAAGUCAUCUCCAAGGACAGGUUCUACACCAGCAACAAAUACACCAGCCUUCUUUGUCUUCUUCGUUCCAGGCAUAUGGAAUUACAGGUCAUCAAAAUGUUCAGGAAGUUGGUUAUAAACAAUUACAGGCAUCCGUUUUUUCUGCUGGUGAUCCUGGACGCUACUCUCAGGGUAUUCAUACUACACACGAGAUGAUGUGGAAAAAUAAACCUGCAGGAGUUUGAACUUAGAUGGAUUGAGCUUGAGCUUUAGGCGCGGCAUAUAGAUUUGCAGCUUUUAAAGGGCUUGUGGAACAGAAUCUCUAAUCUGAUGCUUGAAGGUAGGGUACCACCACCUUCAUUUUGACCCAAAAGUGGAUAUGUAAUCGUAUAUUUGCUGCAUUCAUGAGUUAUUUGGUCCUUAUUGUUGAGGUUUCACUAUCACUUACUGGCUCAGCACUAAGGGCUGUCGGGGUCAAUGCAUAUGACAAGGAAAUGCCCUAUCCAGAUCGACAUGUAACAUAAUCUUCGGUUUAAUCAUAAAUUUCAGCUUAACCAUUAACUUAAGGGAUAGCACUUUUGAAGUUUCUUGGGUGCUUGUGGUGUUGUUUCCUAAUAAAAUCAUAACGUCUAUUAUUUUUUAUACUUC